UAGGAAAGAGCCUGGCAGAGCUCAGUGUUGGUGCAACGGUAGCUCGCAUAGGCCUGCUACCGAGGGUAGCCUGGGCCAAAAUCGGGGUCCAGCUCACGGUUUUUUUUUCUUUGGAACGGUGUGAAAUUUGGAAUAGCAUAACAUAAUGAAGAAACUCUUUGCAAACACGAACGUCCUGCUCGGACCUCGCGGUCAAAGAUUUCGGCCUGAUUGGGAUUGGGGGUCCAGAUGCUUGGCGGCGCUCGUGCGGUGGUCAGGCGGUUACGCGCCGAGCCAGAUGCAGCUCGUGGAGGUGCAGACGAAGCAGGGGCUGCUACGGGGCCAGCGCCUCACCCCGCCGCACAAGAAUGUGCCCCAGUUCGACGCCUUUCUAGGCGUGCCGUACGCCAAGCCGCCUGUGAAGGAGCUCAGGUUCAAGGCGCCGCAGCCACCCGAGCCGUGGGAGGGCGCGCUCCCGGCGCUGGACCAUCGCGCAGACUCCCCACAGUUCGACACCUUCAUAACGCAGAAGAAUGUCGGCUCUGACGACUGCCUGUACCUCAACGUCUACUCACCGCAGGUCCCGUCCUCCGUGCGCCACCCCGUGGAGGGCGCACCCUGGCCGGUCAUGGUCUGGUUCCAUCCCGGCGGCUUCACCAACGGCACGGCAAGAAUGUCCCAGUUCGCCCCCGAGCACCUGGUGGCCAGGGGCGUGGUGGUCGUCACCGUCACCUACCGCCUGGGCGCGUUCGGCUUCCUCUCGCUGCGCUCGCCCAAGCUGCCGGGCAACGCCGGGCUCAAGGACGGCGUGGCCUCGCUGCGCUGGGUGCGGGACAACAUCGCCGUGUUCGGCGGCGACCCCGGCCGCGUCACCGUGUUCGGCUGCUCCGCGGGCAGCGCCCUCGUCGAGUACCUGAUGCUGGCGCCGUCCGCGCGGGGGUUGUUCCACCGCGCCAUCUCGCAGAGCGGCUCCGCCACCAACCAGUGGGCCGGCGUGCUGCCCCCCGACGAGGCGCGGGCCAGGGCCUUCCGCCUGGGCGAGGCGCUGGGCUGCCGCACCGAGGACGAGGACGAGCUGAUCGCCUUCCUGCAGGCCGCGCCCACCAUGGAUAUCCUGGACAAAAGCUUCGACGUCGUGGACCCGGAGAAGGAGGGCCCGAAGGGGCUUCUGUUCCCCUUCCUACCCGUGUCCGAGGCGGGGGUCGAGUCGGACGACGGCGAAGAGGCGUUCCUCCCGGACGAGCCCCGGAAGCUGCUCGCCUCCCAGCGCUUCUUCCCCGUGCCCUGGAUCGUGGGGCUCACGGACUGCGAGGGCCUGCUCACCGUCAUGGACGAUCAAAACGGGGCAGGUAGGGGAGGCAUCACCUGUCGUAGGCUAGACGUCGUGGAGGACGACCUGGAGCGGGUGGUCCCCGCGGAGCUGGAGCUGCAGAAGGGCUCGCCGGAGAGCAAGGCCGUGGCGGAGGGCAUCAGGAAGCUGUACUUCAAGGGCGGGAAGGUGGAGCUGCCCGGCUAUUUCAAUCUCUACACCGACCUCCUGUUCACCGCCGGCGUCACGCAGGCGGCCCGCAUGCACGCCGCGCAUCCCAACGCGGCGCCCGUGUACUUCUACCUGUUCAGCGUCGUGGGCGGAAACAACAUCCUCACGGCCUUCCUCAUGAGAAGCUGGCCGGAGCUGAAGGCCACAGCAGGUGCAUGCCACGGCGACGAGAACGGCUACCUUUGGGGUAGGCGGGCCCCGCUGCCCCCAGAACCCGAGUGGGAGCCCCACAGCCUGGAGGCGACCACCAGGAGGAGACUCACGGCCUUGUGGACCAACUUCGCGCGCACGGGGGUUCCUGCCCCUCCUUCCGACCCGGACGUGGAGGGCGUCGAUUGGAAGCCGCUGCCCGCCACGUCGGACGUCAAGGCGCCCAUCGAGCCCUACCUAGACAUUGGUGUCUCCCUCGGCGUGCCGCGGGCGCCCCUGUGGGAAGAGAGAGUCAGCUUUUGGGACGGUGUCUUCGACAAGGAUUAAGUAUUGGACAAGUAUUAGCGCGGCACGUCCACCGAAGAACACAACCUGCACUUCUAGCGCAUACCUCAAGUACAAACAGGAUGCUGAUAAAACGUCUCCGGACUCACCUCUUCGUCGAGUUCUAUUGUAAUGAUGCUGUAAUUCUUUUUCACGUUUAUGUAUUCAACGGUGCUCAGCCGUUUUGUAUGUUUUUAAAAGUAAUGUAUUGUUGUACAUAUGUUUUAA